AUGAGAGAACCUCGCUCCAAUACGGUGAGAGACCUUCGCUUUGACCCUUCUGGGGGGUCUGGCGGAGGGUCCAUUGGAGAGUCCAUCAGGAUUCGCAGGACUGCCCUCUCCCACGAUCCCGAAACGGGCGACCGAUCGAGUGAUAGAAAAGCAGCGCUUGAAAAGCACUUGGCUUCAAGAUUGGAUCCGGAGGAAGAAAUGGAAGACCUGGGCUUCCGGCGGCACAGGCGAGCGAAAUUUGAAAAGUCCGGAAGAGCCGAGCGGGAGACAGGUCCAUCUUCAGAUCGUUUGAAAUCCCGUGACAAAAGGCCGAAACGACAAGGUGGCUAUCGCGAAAGCGAAGCAGAAGUCGAUGAAUAUGACGUCGAUGAGUAUCAUCGUCGCCGCGAGGAGCGUAAGAAGCAGAAAAAAGAAAGGUCGCGGCAAAAGCAGGUGGAACCAGAGCUGAGCCCGUUAUAUCUUCCCGAGUUUAUCAGUGUGAGCAAUUUCGCUGAUGUCGUUGGUAUGCGUCCUGCACAAUUCGUUGAGCGCAUGGAAGAAAUGGGCUUUGAAGACGUUUCUUACAGCCAUGUUCUUGAUGCCGAAACGGCUGGCUUGAUAGCUACUGAGUUUGGUUACGAACCGAUCUUUGAUACCGGCGCCGAGCAGGAUCUAACGGCUACUCCCGAGCCCGAAGACAAAUCUAUCUGGCCGACCAGGCCUCCUGUUGUCACCAUCAUGGGCCAUGUAGACCAUGGUAAGACUACUAUUCUUGAUUGGUUGCGCGAAUCAUCUGUUGCUGCAUCGGAACAUGGAGGCAUUACCCAGCACAUUGGUGCAUUCUCUGUCUCGAUGCCAUCUGGUAAAAAGAUCACAUUCUUAGAUACUCCUGGCCAUGCGGCUUUCCUAGAUAUGCGCCGACGUGGUGCAGAUGUGACGGAUAUUGUGGUCUUAGUGGUGGCUGCUGAUGACAGCGUUAAGCCGCAGACAGUUGAGGCUAUCAAACAUGCUACAAGUGCCAAGGUACCCAUCAUUGUGGCAAUCAGCAAGAUCGACAAGGAGGGCAUUCACCCUGAGAAAGUCAAACAAGACCUCUCCGCGCACGGUAUCCAUGUAGAAGACUAUGGUGGUGAUGUCCAGGCAAUUGGAGUGAGCGGGAAAACGGGUCUGGGCAUGCUAGAACUUGAAGAAGCCAUCGUCACGCUCUCCGAGGUUUUGGACCACAGGGCCGAUGCGAACGGUUCCGUUGAGGGAUGGGUAAUUGAGGGUACGACGAAGAGCUACGGCCGUGUAGCAACCGUGCUUGUCCGACGCGGGACCCUCCGACCUGGCGACAUUCUUGUCGCUGGCAGCACAUGGGCUCGUGUCCGCACGCUCAGGAACGAAGCCGGUAUCUCUAUCUCCGAAGCCACGCCCGGAACGCCAGUUGAGAUAGAUGGCUGGAGAGACCAACCUACGGCCGGCACAGAAUUACUUCAAGCCGGAGAUGAGCAGCACGCUAAAGAUGUCGUGGAAUACAGGCUCGAGAGAGAAGAAAACCAGAAAUUGGGCGAGGAUACGACAGCCAUCAACGAGGCACGCCGUGAUAUGGCUGAGAAACGGAAGAGGGAAGCCGGGGGGGACGAAGAUUUGGCGAUGGAAGAGAAAUCAUCUGGGCCCAAGGCAGUCAAUUUCGUGCUCAAGGCAGAUGUUGACGGAUCAGCCGAAGCGGUUUUGAACUCCAUAACCGCCAUCGGAAACAAUGAGGUCUAUGCCAAAGUGCUCCGUUCGGAGGUGGGACCGAUUAGCGAGUCCGAUGUCGAGCUGGCCGCCGCCUCCAACGGCCAUCUCGUUUGCUUCAACAUGGCUAUAGAUGCGGCCAUGUCUCGGAUGGCAGAAUCUUUGGGCGUCAAUAUCAUGGAUCAUAACGUCAUUUACAAACUCGUGGAUGAUGUCAAGGAUACACUGAGCGAGCAACUCGCGCCUACAGUAACGCAUCGGGUCACCGGAGAAGCCGAAAUCGGUCAGGUUUUCGAAAUCUCGCUCAAGAGCCGCGUAAAGACGUCCAUUGCUGGAUGUAAAGUACGGAAUGGAAUGAUCAACCGGACAAAGAAGGUUCGCGUGCUGAGAGGGCAGGAAACUAUCUAUGACGGUUCGAUAUCAUCCUUGAAGAACGUCAAGAAAGACGUGACCGAGAUGCGCAAAGACACCGAGUGCGGUAUUGCGUUUGAAGACUGGACUGAGUUCGCUGUCGGCGACCAGAUCCAAUGCUACGAGGAAAUCUUCGAGAAGAGACAUCUUUAA